AUGGCUGGUUGUCGCUUAUCUGUUCAAGCACUCUUCUUGGCCUGUGUUCUCUGGGGAGCUUGGCUAAGCUGCAUUACUAGUGCAAAUCAAGGUAUGACUAAAGUCAGUUGUUAAUGUAUGCACACAUUAUACAUUCACCUUCAUUCUCGUUUUGCUACUAAGUGUAAUAUUUUCAAAAAAGCCUUUAAGGAUAGCCUGCGAGCCGCAGACGUAUUUCCGGUCGUCGCUUCUCUCCCUGAAACUAGAGUCCAAAAAACCGGAUGCUCUCGCAGGCUACUUUAAGGAGGACUUUUUCAAUUUUCUUCAUAAACAAGACCUUAGUACUUUACUAAACUUACAGCUUACUUUUAUAACUUUCACUGCCUCCCAUUCGCAAACUGAAAAGUCUAUGCUAAGAAAAACAACCCGUCAAGUCCCAUGAUUUUCGGCUGAAGUUGUUGAUACAGUAUUACUUGCAAUGUCAGUGCCCUAAAAACAAAAACUCUAAGAGAAAAAAAACAAGGCGGAAUAGAUUACGAUGUAACAGCAACAAAAUUCUUGAAGACGGUUUCGACGGCACUGGACAAGUUUUUUGAAAUGACUUUUAUGUUUUUAUUUAAAAGUCAUUAUCGUUUAGUUCAAAAUGUUUGACUACAUACCCCUAAAUUUGUUACAACCAUAAGGAAAGAAAAUGGCCUUUCCUUACGUAUAAGAACAAACGCUAAAAUUCUCACUUGGAAUCAGUAUCGGACAUUCUUUGAGUCCAGACUGCACUGAGGCUAACCUUAAACUAACAGAAACCAAACUUCGAAGAAAAUCAGUAUCUAGUGUAAGUUUAGACACGUAUUUUUAUGCAUGAUAUUCAAGUAGGAAAAGGAAAAAAGUGACAAGAAAAAUGCAGCUGCGUUGUUGUGCUUACGACACAAACGAUCAUAUACGGCAACAUAGAUUAGCCUACAAUUUUUGUGCCCGCCCAAGGGGGAUGGGGGAUGUGUUUCUUGAACCACAUCUGUUGUAAAUUAAAAACUGUUUUCAAAAAAAAACCCUGGAAAUUCGGUGUCGAAUUUUCGGCGAUGGGAUGAUCGAGAUGGUUUAAGGGCCUUAUAGGCUCUUUCUCUUAUACUGAACUUUAAAUCAGUAAUUAAACGAGUGUGCAACUACAUCAAUUUGACGUUGCCGUGGAGACGACAAAGCUUGCCCUUUGAAAUGCAACAAUUUACUCACUGCAUAAAAAAUUAUAAACUAAAAGGAAGGCUGAAAUUAAGCGACAACAGUUUGACGGUUGUCAUGACGUAUUUUAUUUAAAUUCCUAGUUAGUGAUCCUUCAAGAAAUUUAUUAAUUAGUUAUUUCGUUUUGUUAUUUACUUCGGUCGGUGGGAAAGCUCCUGUAGGUUGUCUAACGGCUUCGACAUGGCAGACUAUUAUUUCUGGCGAAAUUUUUCGGGGAAAAUCCCUUUUGUCAUUCAAAAACUCGCUGGGGUAGGCAAAAGUCUGAAAGUAGAAAAAAAAAAUAACUAAAAGCUUCCAACAUACCUAACAUUAGUUCUCUCUCCGGCGAUCAAUAGCUUCUGAUCAUUUCACGGAUACUCCAUUUUAGUUCCAAAGUUUUUUUAAAUUUCAUUGUGGAAUAUUUAGCUGCUUAUAACAUUCAUGGUAACCUGUUCUUGUUGUUGUUGUUGUUAUUGGUGGUGUUAUGUUUUUGUCCAGCAAGCAGUCUGCAAAGGAUCGGUUAUUCAUUUAUAAACAAUCACGGUCGAGGAGCGUGGGAGAACGAAAGAGUGCAUUGAUGUUUUUUUAACGCGUUCUCUGAAUUAACGUGGGUGAAAUUAUUAGUGGAAUAUUAAAAAAAGACUAAGUGGUUGAGACGCUCUGUGUUCAGUUAAUCUUACAAGUGUGGUGGGUGAGGGCGACCUUGAAAGCUGCUGGCAGACCUGGAAAGACCUAUUUCUUGCUGCGGUGAAAGACAAUAUUCCAACCAAGCGAUUGAGAGGUCGGAAUCCUGUGCCCUGGCUCACAGGUGCCGUUAUCAAUCUUAUCAAGAAAGAGGAAACCGUACGCAUAAACUAAAAUUGCACCCGUUGGAGUCACUAAAAGUCAAAUUUCAAACUCUGCGUUCACAAGCAAAGCGCGCGAUCAGAGAAAGCAGGGACAAGUUCUUUGAGUCUGCUAACAUCGAGUUCAAGAUCAAUCCCAAACGUCUCUGUUCAGUAUUAAAAUCUCGCUCAAAGUCGCGCAACAUACAACAAAGUGUCUCCAUGGCAACUGGUAACCUACGUGUAAACCGCUGACACCCCAGAAGAAAUCGCAGACAUUUUUAAUAACUAUUUCACUUCAGUGUUCUCUGUUCUUGAAGAGGACAAAGUAGAUAACGGCGCAGGGAAAUUCCCUGCCGCAGAACCCCCCUUUAGCGCUAUUGUGUUGCACGUCGGCAAAGUUGAGGCUGUCCUAAAAUCACUAGACCCAAACAAAGCCACUGGUCCAGAUGAGAUCCCGGCUAGAAUCCUAAAGGAAACCGCCACUACUAUUGCUCCACCACUAUGCAAGUUGUUCAACAGGUCUCUGGGGGAAGGCCACAUACCGUCUGAGUGGAAAUUGGCAAAUGUAGUGCCUGUCUAAAAGAAGGAUAAAAAAGAUCAUGUUGAAAACCGUAGGCCUAUCUCCCUACUUCGCAUUAUUUCUAAAGUCAUCGAAUGUUGUGUUUUGAGCUGCAUUAAUGACCGAUUAGAAGAUCUGAUUGCGGACUGUCAGCACGGGUUUCGGAGUGGACGCUCAUGUGUCACAAAUCUACUAGAGACCCUAGAUUACAUCGGUGCUAUUCUUGAUAGAGCUGGUCAAGUAGAUUGUGUGUAUUUAGACAUGUCCAAAGCCUUUGAUAAGGUUAGACAUGACCUCCUUAUGGAAAAACUGCGGGAUGCUGGCUUCGGGGGGAACCUGCUCACAUGGUUUCACGCGUAUCUCUGUGGAAGGCGCGAACGCGUCACCGUACUAGGCGCGACAUCACGUGACCUACCUGUCACCUCUGGAGUCCCACAGGGUUCAAUACUCGGACCUGCUCUCUUCUUGUUAUAUGUGAACAACCUUACAGAUUCUAUCCUCAAUAGCAAAGUGGCAAUGUUUGCAGAUGACACUAAAGUAUACAAGGUAGUGAUGUCUAAGGAUGAUGUCGCCGCUCUCCAACAAGAUCUGGAUAAUCUGUCUUCAUGGUCCGCUGCCUAUGGCCUAGCCUCCAAUGAUAAGAAAUGCAAGCUUCAGACCAUUACGAGGAAGCGCAAGCCCAUCUGGACGAGCUACGAGGUUAACGGCGGUACCAUCAAGUCCUGUGACGUAGAGCGUGACCUUGGCGUCUCCUUGGACUGUGACUUGACUUGGCACGCCCAAGUCUCUCACCAAGCUGCACGCGCAAACAAGUUGUUAGGUUUCGUUGGGAGGAACUCUAGGUUUAUUCACAGUACUUCCGUAAGGCGCACAUUAUACCUCGGGCUAGUUCGUACUCAUCUUGGCUACGCAACCCAGAUCUGGGCGCCCCAAGGUAUUGAACUAAUUUCUAAACUCGAAAGUAUCCAAAGACGAGCCAUCAAAUACAUUCUUUGCUUGCCUUUUUUAACAAAUAUCUCUUACAAAGAAAGACUAAUGUCUGUAAACCUACUUCCUGUGUGCUACUGGCACGAGCUACUAGUAUACUUUUACAAGGCUACGCAUAAUAUGAUUCACUUAGAUCCGUCUGUUGUUCCCUUCGUGCGCGAAUGCGCGCGAAGGACCCGUAUAUCCGUAACGAGCUCUCAGUCUUUUAUGCCUAAAAUGCAGGACUUCUACCUUUCAGAAAUCUUUUUUCAUUAGAACCACUAGAAUCUGGAACUUGCUUAUUACUAGACUUGACCUAGAUAAUGUUACUCUUGCGAACUUUAAAUCUGUUCUUUACGAUUAUUACUCGCGGGCUGUAGCAAUAAACUAUGACCCGGACUCUCCAAGGAGCUUCAAAAGUAUUUGCUUGAAAUGUAACACAGCCAGGUUUUUAGACCAAGAAAUUAGCUGCUGCAUUUGAUUUAAAUUGCUACUUUUAUAUCCUUUUAUUUUUUGGGUCGGCAGUAAUUGGCUUUAGCUGUUGCGGUGUCCUUGCCCAAAUAUUUAAGUUAUUAUUAGUGUAUUGUUACGUUCUUAUUACUAGUGUUUGCAGGCUUCAGUGUCUUUUUUUUUUCUGUAUUCUUAAGGGCAAAGCUAAUAAAAUAAAUAAAAUACAAUAGACGUUAACAUCGCUAUUUUUUUUAAAUGUACCUUUUAGAUACCUGUGGUCACAUUCGGUAUUUGAAGUUUUUUGAUCGGGAGUAUGGCCUUUAUAUGUAUCUUCAAGGCCACACCUUUUUAAACCUUUCCAUUGGAGCAAGCAAAUCUUGCGAAACCGAAUGUCUUUACCGGAGAGAGUGCGUGGCAGUCAACAUUGGUCCAGCAAUUAAUGAUAUGAGGGUCUGUGAGUUGUGUAACUCAGAUCACAUACAGCAUCCAAAUGAUUUAAAACCGAGGGAAGGUUGGACGUAUAAAGGUACACAGGUAGGGCGAAUUUCACUGGAAUAAAUUAAUGACGGCAAUGGUUGUGAAUUAUCUUGUGGUAAGCGUUUAACUAUUCAUAGCCCAAAAAGUGAAGUUUUAGCUAUGGAAGUGAUGAUGACACUGGCGAUCAAAAGAUAGUGAUGACGACCCUUGGGUGUCAGAGACUUUUCAUAUGCGGUUUCCUGUUUCGGUUAACUGUUAUANUUUUUUUUUUCUGUAUUCUUAAGGGCAAAGCUAAUAAAAUAAAUAAAAUACAAUAGACGUUAACAUCGCUAUUUUUUUUAAAUGUAUCUUUUAGAUACCUGUGGUCACAUUCGGUAUUUGAAGUUUUUUGAUCGGGAGUAUGGCCUUUAUAUGUAUCUUCAAGGCCACACCUUUUUAAACCUUUCCAUUGGAGCAAGCAAAUCUUGCGAAACCGAAUGUCUUUACCGGAGAGAGUGCGUGGCAGUCAACAUUGGUCCAGCAAUUAAUGAUAUGAGGGUCUGUGAGUUGUGUAACUCAGAUCACAUACAGCAUCCAAAUGAUUUAAAACCGAGGGAAGGUUGGACGUAUAAAGGUACACAGGUAGGGCGAAUUUCACUGGAAUAA